AUGGCUAUUUCGUCGUAUCCAACUCCGGCUGAUGCUGGAGUCCUGUGUGUGAUUCUGGCAAACACGGUGAUAUCCAUAUCGAUCUUGAAGGAGCUCGUUCGCUCCAUACUGCACAUUGUUGGCAUUAGGAUUGCUUCAUGGGAGGAGCUCUCUACAGACACAUCGGACCCUGGUGAAUGUCGUAAAGGUCUCUCAGAAUCAUACAUGGAGGAGUUCAGAAGCCAGAUGCCUGCAAUGAGGUUCGACUCACUCUCUAUGCACGACAACAACCCGGGGCAGGAGUGCUCCAUCUGCCUCUCUGAGUUCGAACCAAAUGCAGAGGUUAACCACCUCACCUGCAGCCACGUUUUCCACAACGUGUGUUUGGAGAAGUGGCUGAACUACUGGAACACCACGUGCCCCUUGUGUCGUAAUUGCAUGAUGCCUCAGGAAGUCGAGGAGGAAGAAGAUACUUGUCCCAUGUGAGGAAAUCUACGGUUGUACAGCUUAGUGUAAACAGGUUAUGUGUCUUUAGCUGCCACGGUUUGCGUCCUCUUGAAGUGACGGGUCAGCUUAGCUAGUAUUCGUGUUGUAUAUAGUGUAAACGGGUGUUUGUUUGGAGUCAUCUCUUCUUGUUCCAGCAGCAUCAUCAAGCUGCAACUUAGUUUGAGUUUUUUGUUUUCAA